AUGGGCUCCCUACAACGCCUGGGCAUGCUGAUAAGGCAUGCGGAUGUUCUCCUGAGGGAUCUCCUGCCAAAUCUGGACCAGGUCAUGAGCUUCUAUGUUGUGGAGAGACAGGUUAUUGGCCAAAACUGUCAGCAGCCAAUAAACUGCAGGUGGGGUUCUUAUGGAGAUUGGUCUGAGUGUGAUGGCUGCACCAAAACAAAGUUGCGCACUCGACAUGUGGAGGUAUAUGCCCAAUUUGGGGGUGUGCCAUGUUCAGGAGAAAGCACAGAAUCUCAUCCUUGCGUUCCACAAAAGGCCUGUCCUCUAGAAACGGGUUGUGGAGGAAGGUUCCGAUGCACAUCUGGUCAAUGCAUUAGUCAGUUUCUGGUGUGCAAUGGAGAUCAGGACUGCGAAGAUGGACUGGAUGAGAGAAGCUGUAAUCAAGAUGACAGUCAAUUUGUUUGUGACCUUAAUAAAACACCACCCAACUCUGAAUUAACAGGAAGAGGGUAUGACGUGCUUACAGGGAAGCUAAGGGCAGGUGUGAUUAAUACUCUAAGUUUUGGAGGACAGUGCAGAAAGGUGUUCAGCGGUGACCAUAAAACUUUUUAUCGACUUCCACAAAACAUCCUCAGGUAUAACUUUGAGGUGAAAGUGGACAAUGAGGACAGUGAUGAAUCCUUUGAAAGUUCUUGGUCCUACAUGCAACACAUCCAGUCUAACGCUUUAGCAGGACAUGACCGUCGCUCCUUUCACAAAGAGCUCACCGAAACAAAGAAUAAAAGGAUUGUGAUUCUAAAGAAUAAAGUGGAAUUAGCCCAGUUCCAAAACUCAGCUCCUCAGUACUUGACGCUGGCUGAAGAAUUCUGGAAGGCUUUAAUCUCACUUCCGUUCACAUACAACUAUGCCGCCUACCGUCAACUGGUGGAGAGAUACGGCACACACUAUAUCUCUGAAGGCUCUCUUGGAGGAGAAUACCAAGGCUUGUUGGAGUUAGACAGCCAGACAUUUGUAUCCUCAAGUGCCACACAGAUAGACUACAAAUAUUGCUGGAGAAAGGUUAAACGACGACUGUUCCGGAAAAAAGUCAAAAUCGUCUGUGAAAAAUUCUCUAAUUCUAUAUCGUUUGGUGAAGAAAGAGGUGUGACUAAGAUGCCCAUUCAAGUGAAGACAUUUGGGGGAGACCCAUCGUUUGCGGAUGUCUUGAAAGUUCUUGAUCUAGAAAAUCCUCAAGUAAAUGGAGAAGCCUAUGAAAACUGGGCGGCAUCUGUCAGAGACUUUCCUGACAUCAUUGACCAGAAGUUGCGCCCUGUUUAUGAGCUUGUAAAGGAGGUGCAGUGCGCAGGACUAAAGAGACUUCACCUGAAAAGAGCCAUUGAAGAAUAUUUGUCAGAGGAGCAUCCAUGUCACUGCCAACCCUGCCAGAAUAACGGCCAAGCACUCCUAACUGGUUCGGAAUGUCGGUGCGCCUGUCGGCCCGGAACCUCAGGACAAGCAUGUCAGCAUGGCACUGUGAUUGGAGAACAACCAGGGGUGAUCCAUGGCGGCUGGAGCUGCUGGUCAUCCUGGAGUUCUUGUUCUGGGGCUCAGAAGUCCAGGUCUCGCAGCUGCAACAACCCCAGCCCUAGCAGAGGGGGCCAACACUGUCCCGGGGUGACAGAAGAGCAAUUAGCCUGUGAUGAUGCCGAGAUACAGUAUUUACAGAUGAUGGAGCCUCAAUGUUUCAGUCUAUCUCUGACACCACCGAAAUUUUGUGGACCUCCUCCAAAUCUCAGAAAUGGUUUCACCCAGGAUCCUAGUGCUUUCUAUUUGACAGGGACCAUAGUUCAAUACUCUUGCAUAGAUGGUUAUUACCUCAUUGGAAAUUCUUUGGCUGAAUGUACUGAAAGUCAGACCUGGAAGACUGGAGCAAUGGUUUGUAAAAGUUCAACAUGUACCAUUCCUCAUCUAAACAAUGAUAUUAUGGCUACGCCCAGUAAAGUGAACUAUCAUAUCGGUGACAGGAUAUCCUUGUCCUGUCCUGAGGGAUUGAUGAUGACUGGUGACGUGUCAGACAUCAUAUGCACUCCCAGUCUACAAUGGUCUCCAUCUCCUUCCACAGCACACUGUAGUAAAGUCCCCACUUCAACUCCUAAUUUGAACCUGAAAUGUAAACUGUGGGAGAAUGUUGGAAAAACUCAGUGUGUGUGUAAAAUGCCGUUUCAGUGCCCCACUUCUCUGGAGUUGUGUGCCAGAGUCACCUCGAGCCAGUCUCGGGUGCUUGGUGUUUGCCAGCUCGGCGCGCUGCGAUGUUUGGGCCGUAACUUUACACUCGUCAAUGAUAGCGAAUGUGACUGGUCUAAAGAGACGAAGCCUGGAGCCAAGUGUCAGGCUGGAAGUUGUCAAUGCCAAAAUGCAUCUGAAUGUCCAGAAGACUCAGCAUCCCUCUGUGUGACCACAGGUGUUAGUGGUGUUGCCGUGACGAUGACUGAAUGUGAAGUUGGUUCCAGGAAGUGUUCUGGCGAGCAGCUAACUGUGAUCAACAUUGAUGCAUGUCCCUAA